AAGCCGCCUCGUGCCUGGGCAGCGCAGCUGCGCCACUCGGGUAGCUCGAGCCCCGGCUGUUGUUGCUUCUGCUGCUGCCCGCACACGCACCCCACGAGCAGCUGCAGGAUAUGAUGGAGCUGCUGGAGGAAGACCUUACAUGCCCUAUUUGUUGCAGCUUGUUUGAUGAUCCCCGGGUUUUGCCCUGCUCUCACAAUUUCUGCAAAAAAUGCCUGGAAGGUAUCUUGGAGGGCAAUGUCCGGAAUAUGCUGUGGAGACAAUCCCCUUUCAAGUGCCCCACUUGCCGGAAGGAAACUUCAGCUACUGGAGUCAAUAGCCUGCAGGUCAAUUACUCCCUGAAGGGAAUUGUGGAAAAAUACAACAAGAUCAAAGUGUCUCCCAAAAUGCCCGUGUGUAAGGGUCAUGUAGGACAGCCCCUCAACAUCUUCUGCUUGACAGACAUGCAGCUCAUCUGCGGGAUAUGUGCCACUCGGGGCAGUCACACCAAGCACGUCUUCUGCUCUAUUGAAGAUGCCUACGCUCAGGAAAGGAGUGCCUUUGAAUCGCUGUUUCAAGGUUUUGAGACCUGGCGUAGGGGAGAUGCUCUUUCUCGUCUGGACACCUUAGAGACAAGCAAGAGGAAAUCCCUGCAACUCCUGACUAAGGAUUCAGAUAAGGUGAAGGAGUUCUUUGAGAAACUGCAGCACACUUUAGAGCAGAAGAAGAAUGAGAUCCUGUCUGACUUUGAGACCAUGAAGCUAGCAGUCAUGCAGACCUACGACCCAGAGAUCAACAAGCUCAAUACAAUCUUGCAGGAGCAACGGAUGGCUUUUAACAUUGCGGAAGCCUUCAAGGAUGUAUCAGAACCCAUUGUAUUCCUACAGCAGAUGCAGGAAUUUAGGGAAAAAAUCAAAGUCAUCAAGGAGACCCCUUUACCUUCCUCUAAUUUGCCUGUAAACCCUAUAUUUAAGAACUUUGAUACCAGUCAGUGGGAGGGAAUAAAACUAGUAGAUGUGGACAAAAUGUCAUUGCCUCAAGAAACUGCCCCAUUCACCAGCAAGAUUCCUUGGAGCUUUUAUCAGAUAUUUGUGGUACUCUGUCUUGUUGGCCUUCUUGUUUACUUCACUCCUACAGUGUCCCUGGAUGGAUCUUUAUUUGAUGAUUUCUCAAUCUGGAAAGCCCAUCUCUUCAGCUUCAGCUCUAGUUAUCUGACAGAAUCAGCCGAAAUUGCAGAUCAAGCAAUUUUGUACUGGGAACAGGCGGUGGAUGAGGUUUUUGUUUUCAGUGAAAGGUUCAAGAAUUACACUUUAGUGUUGCUGAAUGGUGUGGCAGAAUUUGUUUGCAAAUAUAAACUAUUAUAAAAAUCUGUUGCAAGUACACAAUCCUAUUUCUGUCUUUUGUCCCUAGCUGACAGGACUAACUUACAACCUGUGAAAAAGAUUUAAAAAAAUACUUGUUAAAGAACACACGCUCUAAACUAGUGGCUCAGUUGGAAUAGCUUCUGGCAGAAAUAUCUUUAUACAGAAGCAUUCCCAUGGAACCAACAUCUUAUGCGUGUGUAUACUCUUCAUGUUAAAAAUCUAAGGGUAAAAGUGAAACAGGAUGGAAUCUUGAAAUACCAUUUCUCCUCUGAAAUGCUUUUUUAAGCAGGCCUCUCCCUCCCCCAAGUUGGUUUUAUCUAGGCUGUGACAAAAAUGGAAAACACAAUGAAAACAUGUGAUCUAUAACAUUUUGUACAAAUUGCACUACAGUAGUAUAAACUAAUUAUUUCACAAUAUGCAGUAGAGAUUGUGCUUGGAAAGUGGUAUUUUUUUCUAUUAAUGAGACAUCUCCAGAACAAGACUUGUGAAGAUCUGAACUCAUUUGAUUCCCACCCCCCUUUUUUUAUCUAGUGAUGGUCCAUUGAUUGUUGAAUCUUUGUGUUAACUAAAAUAACUAGUUUACAUUUUUUGGUGAGCUGUAUUAAUAUUUUCAGCUUAAUUUUUCCACCUUAAUAAUGUAAAUUAUCCUUGAUGUACUCUGCCCUAUUAUAUUCUUAAUUGAUCUCUAAAUAUCUUAAAAUAUUAGAGCCAGUGUGGUUUAGAACUAUACUUGAAAAUGUUAGUUUUUCGAUAUAUCAAUUUUAGGUAAUUUUUUAAAAGGCCCUCUUACCUUUGCUAUGACCCACAGUGCUUGAAAAAAAAAAAAGAGUUGCAGGUUUCUGUGGCUAAAUAUGGGAAACUGUUUUUACUCUGUUUCCCCUGGAUCGGAACUCUGCAGGUAUAGAUGAAGGUAAGAAAUAGGCCCAACAUAUGGUAGGAGCAGCUCUCUCUCCUGGAUGUCACCAGCACAUUUCUGUGUUCCACUUGGAGCUAAAGUAUCGAGGCAGCUGAACUACUAAGUAAAUCCUCAUACUUAAGGGUAUACCUUUGUUGUUUUUGUUUUUAAGAAGAGGAAUAAAGUUGGUCAGUCACUUUAUGAUGGAUGAAAUGUAACCUGUCAGCAGGUACUGUAAAACACAGUUAUCAGGCAAACAUUGCCCUACCUGCUGGCAUGAAAACACUAUUGUCUGUCUUCUGCAGAGCACAUGCUUAUUAUUUCUCUUACUUGGCCAAUUUCCUACAGGAAUAAAAAGUGGAUCUUAUCUUGAAACUGUUUUGUUCUCUACCUGAACAGUAGAGAUACAGGGUGUGCUACUUUAAUUGGAAAUUUAUUUUAUUUUUAGUAACUAGAAGAAUUUCAUGAAAACGAGUAGGUCAACUUGGUUCCCUUUCUUCAGUGGAAAUAGGGGAAGGUAAUGACUUGAAGGACUUUUCUAUCUCUAAAAUUCUGUGAUUCUGGAUAGGAGAGUGAGAAGAAAGGGAAGCCAAAUCAAGAAACUGGUUAAGAUGCAGAAUUUUCUUUAGGAUGUGGUUUAAAGUUUAGGGAAUUAAAAUCUGGGUGAAGUACUGGCUGUAUCACACCUAAAUAUCAUAGUCUAACACUAUGGUUUUAAUUAGAAGGCAUUGGGUGAUUUUAUACUGAAUGAAUUAUAAACAAUUACAUAGACUUGUUACUCCCUCAUCUUCUCUACUAUUCUCCAUCGCAUCCGUGAAAAUAUUUCUUCAUACACAGAAAUGAGAAUUUACCUUUUAUAAAAGUGGUCUAGAAUUUUAUUUUGGAAUUGUUAAUUCUUUGAAGCUAAAAUCUGUUCUUUAAAUCAUACUUUUAAUAUUUCAUAUUACUUUGAAGAUAAUCUUUGAUCAACAUUUUUUUUUAAUAGAGUGAAGGACAAAGGGUUACUGAGUUGAGGUUGAAAUUUCUUCUCUAAAGUAUCUUAUCUUGACAGCAUUCCAAAAGUACUCAGCCGUUCCACCUUUCAUUUCCUAUACUGGCAGUUACCAAGCAACCUGA